UACUUCUAACAUUCAAACACAAAUGUAAAAAAAUAAAAAUCAACAAAAAAAAAACCCCAAAAAUAAAAAAACCAAACCAUGGAAAUAAUUAAUCUUCUUCCUCAAAUUCAUUUCCUUUCAAUUUUCUCUCUCUUCGUCUGUUUAAUUUCCAAAUCAAAUUCUCAGUCAUUUCUAGGUGUUAAUUACGGCGAAGUGGCCGAUAAUCUCCCACCGCCAGACGCCACCGCUAAUCUACUCAAAACGCUGUCGUUUUCAAAGAUCAGAUUGUACGGAGCGGACCCUGCAAUCAUAAAGGCACUCGCUAAUACUGGAAUAUCCAUUGUUAUUGGUGCUUCUAAUGGUGAUAUACCGGCUCUUGCUUCCGAUCCGGGUCAUGCUACUCAGUGGGUUAACUCAAACGUGUUGGCUUAUUAUCCUGCUAGCAACAUUAUUCUUAUUACUGUUGGUAAUGAGGUUGUUCUUUCUGGGGACCAGAAUUUGAUAUCUCAGUUAUUGCCAGCAAUGCAAAAUAUCCAAAAUGCUCUAAACGCUGCACAACUGAAAGGAAAGAUUGCUGUCUCAACGGUCCAUUCUAUGGCUGUUUUGGGUCAAUCCGACCCGCCAUCAUCUGGGGCAUUCAAUUCUGCAUAUACAGACAUUAUGAAACAAUUACUUGAUUUCCAAAGACAAAAUGGUUCUCCUUUGACCAUUAACCCAUACCCGUUUUUCGCUUACCAAAGCGACCCGAGGCCUGAAACUCUUGCUUUUUGCCUAUUUCAGCCUAACGCGGGUCGGGUUGAUUCAGGAACAAACAUCAAGUACAUGAACAUGUUUGAUGCCCAGGUUGAUGCAGUGCGUUCUGCCCUUAAUGCCAUGGGAUACAAGGACAUAGAGAUAGUGGUGGCUGAGACUGGGUGGCCGUAUCGUGGGGACAGCAAUGAAGUUGGUCCUAGCGUGGAAAAUGCAAAGGCUUAUAAUGGAGGCCUGAUUUCACACCUUAGAUCCAUGGUGGGGACGCCAUUGAUGCCCGGGAAAUCAGUAGAUACAUAUAUUUUUGCUCUUUACGACGAGGAUUUGAAGCCCGGUCCAACUUCUGAAAGAUCAUUUGGCCUUUUUAAGCCUGACUUGUCGAUGACAUAUGAUGUUGGUCUAUCCAAGAAGAGUAGUCCGGCCCCAUCAACAACGCCAUCGAAAAGCCCGUUGACUCCCUCAACACCAACUACCCCAUCUGCUCCCUCGACCACACCAGGUGUGACGCCUUCUCCAAAACCUUCAGGAACAUGGUGUGUGCCAAAGCAAGGCGUUUCAGAUGCUCAGUUGCAGGCCAAUCUAGACUAUGCUUGUGGUCAAGGAAUCGACUGCAGUAAAAUUCAAGCUGGUGGGCCCUGUUUUGACCCCAACACAGUGUCUUCUCAUGCUGCUUAUGCUAUGAAUCUCUAUUAUCAGGCGGUUGGCAGGACUCCUGGUAGCUGUGAUUUCACACAGACAGCAACACUUACUUCCACUAAUCCUAGCUAUGGUUCAUGUGUAUUUCCAGGUGAUGGGAAUACAAGACUAUCUAUAGGAGUUGGUGUGAAAAAAGAUAGCUCUACUAGCCCAAGAGUUGAUUUUGGUAUGCAUUGGUCUUGGUUGUGGUGUAUAUGUUUCAUCUUUCUCCCUUGAUUCGUAAAGCUCUCUUCUCUCGUUUACUGGAGUGUGGCUCGUCCUCUCUUUCUCCGCCACCGUCUUGCGUCCUGCAGUAAUUCGUUGACCCCCACAUAUGCAUUAGAGAAGAGUUUUGGCCUUUCGGGCAAAUGUGGGAGGAGAUGGAUUUCAUCGUGAGACUAAAAAUUGAGUAUAUAGAGUUGUAAACAUGAAUAUUUAUGAGUUUUGUAUGAAAGUUGUAUGUAGUAAAAUUUCUAUACUUUUUGGGGAUAUGAAAGUUUUGAUGCUUUUUGU